UGAAACGUUUCCGGGUUGUUGCGGCAAAAUGGCGUGGUUUUCAACAACUGUGGUGACUUUCUGUCUUUACUCGUGUGUUGUAGGAUUGUAUUUUCACAUUAGUGAAACAGAAAAAAAAUGUUUCAUCGAAGAAAUACCAGAUGAGACUAUGGUAGUCGGGAAUUAUAAAGUUCAGGCAUACGACACCAAAGUUAAAGACUAUUUACCAGUUGCACCAGGUAUAGGCAUGCUUGUUGAAAUCAAAGAUCCUGAUGACAAAAUUGUAUUAUCCAGGACUUACGCUGCUGAAGGAAGGUUCACCUUCACGUCCCACUCGGCCGGGGAGCAUUCAGUAUGUCUCCAUUCCAACUCCACAGCCUGGUUCUCAGGAGGACAGCUGAGGGUUCACCUUGACAUCCAAGUUGGGGAGCAUGCGGUCGACUACCAGCAGAUCCAGGCGAAGGACAAGCUGAGUGAGCUGCAGCUGAGGGUGAGACAGCUGCUUGACCAGGUGGAGCAGAUCACCAAGGAACAGAACUACCAGAGAUAUCGGGAGGAGAGAUUCCGAUCGACGAGUGAAAGUACCAAUCAAAGAGUUUUAUGGUGGUCUAUCGCACAGACUGUUAUCCUUCUCAUAACUGGCUUCUGGCAGAUGAGGCAUUUAAAGAGCUUUUUCGAGGCUAAAAAAUUAGUUUAAUGCUCACAACAUAAUACUUGAAUGAAUAAAUUUACCGAAAAAGAAAGAAAAACAUUACUUUUCUUACAAAAUAUUUUUGUUGAAAAAUGAUUUUAAACUAACUUUCAUUGUGAUUUUUAUAUUCUUAUAUCUGUUAGGAAUGAAUCUUGAAUUGUAAUUUUGUUAGUUUUUAAGAUGAAUUCUUAGAUAUAUUGAAAAAACAAAAUGCUGACUUUAAUGCCACUUAUUUUUUGUAUUGCACCAGUUGUUACCAUGAAAAAACAAAUUGGUGCUUAACUUUAAUUGCAGCUAUUUUAUAUCAGAAAUGCUACAUAAUGGCUGAUCAAACUGAAUCCAUGUUGGUGCUGAAUAAAAUUGUGAUAUAUUGAAAUCUUGUGGUUUGGGCCAUAUCCCUUUAUUACUAUACUAUAAUCUCAGUUUUUAAACUGAAGCUAGAAAAAGCUGAAUUUAUUCAUUCAAGUUCAUACUUUGAGGAUGAAUAUAUGCAGAGUGUGUGAAUGUGUACAAGUUUGAACUGGUGUGAUAUCAGGCCUGAUGUGUGUAAAACUUUUAGAGAUUAGACUCAAGACUAAUAGAAUCGGAGCUACUAAUGUCAUGACAAUGCCAUAUAAACUGCAUGUGAUGUUAUUAGAGAUUUAUUCUGAACUCUAAACGUUUUAUAAGCAUGGGCUCAGAUCUUUUGAGUUUAACUCUUCUUCCACUGAUUAGUUUUAGCUGCUGACAAAGCAGCUUAACUGAAACAAGUCUACAUUGUAUGUUCCCCAUAGAAUAUAAAUAUACAUAUAUUUAUAAUAUUUAAGAUAUGGGAUGUAAUUUUAUUUUGUAAUUUACAGUUUAGUUUGAAUUAAAAAUUUAUUUGCCCAUUAAGGAUCUGUAUAUUGGUUAAAUUUAGAAACCUUUUUGUUUUUUUAAUUUAGAAUAACACCCAUUUUUAUUUUCUUUCAUGUGUACCGACAUGUGUGUGAAUGAGGUUGUCUGAUUGUGUUUAAUGUAUGAAUGAUUGCUAAAUUGUUUCGUGUGUCUAGACUCUUGUUAUGAAUGUUUAUUUUGUAUUUAAUAUGUAUUCAUAUUGUGGAUAUGGGAAUCUGUAUUGUAUCUGAUUGUGCUUUGAAAAUAUAAAUAAGUUUGGUAUUAUGAAUGUUAUUCAGUUAAACCUGUUCAUUCUGUUGUACAAAGUAUGUUGAUUUUUGACAACCUCAAAUGGUUGAUUUUUCACAGGUUGUAUUUUCUUCUGUUCAAAACAAUCUUUCCUAUUGCUUGUUGGAGGUUUAGCGCUUUACAUAAAGUCAGAGUAAAUUCUUUGAAAAGCAUAAAUUGUUUUGACACUGGAAGUAUUUUGUUAGAAACUGUCAUGAUUCCCCGAGCUCUUGUACGUCUCCAGUAUAUGCAUACCUGUCAAUAUCCAGAGUUAAAUGGCAGUUGCUGGAAAAACCUAACAUUAAUUUAAAAUGUGCUGUAUGGAACAUUGUUGUGUGCAAAAGGUUAGACAGAAUUUUUUCUUCUUCUGUUUUUUUUAAUUGAGAAAACCUGUUUUGAACCAAAACAUUGGCAUUGUAUUUUCUGAAAUGGGGUGUUUUGCAAAUUACAUAAUGUUGGAUUGUUUCACAGUUUGCUUUUAAUAUGUGUAUAUCUAUUGCUCUGAAAGGAAUUGUUUUAUUCAUCACAGUUUAAUUUUAUUGGCAACUUUUGUCAAAUGAUUGCUGAAUUAAAUACCAUUUUGAGUAACAUCUGAUACAUCUGAUUUUAAUAAGAAAAUGAAAUGCAUCUGACCCAGAGAGAUGGGUACUAUUAUUCCCUCAUGUUUGAGGUGUAUGUUGGUUAUUACACAUUGGAACAGGCCAUGUUGACGCUUUAUGGGUCUACAGUUCGAUUGUAGCCAGGUACUUUUUUAAAGAAAUAACAAAUAUACAGUAAGUUCUGUAGAAAAACGAUUCAGUUUACAAUGGACAUAACCAUAUGGAGUUUUAAGAUUUGUAGCUGUUAUUGUCUAUUUGAUGCCCGCAAAUGUUUAAUUUUUAACCUCAGGUUAACACCUUUGGUCAAAAAGGACAUUUGUGGGAUUAAAUAGACAAUAAAACCCACAAAUCUAAAAACUCCAUAUGGUUACCUCCUAAGUCUUUUCAACUGAAUUGGGGGCCUUUUAAAUUUGAGCAAAUAUUAAAGGCAUGCCCAGUUCCUCAUAUAAUACAAUUUGCUAUUAUAGUUACUGUUAAAUGUACAUUAAAACAUAAUAAUUUUUCUUAAAUGCAUCUCAAAGUUGUCUAUCAAACUAAGGUGCCUUUCUACUGAUUAAUCCCAUCACAUUAGCAAUUACCGGUACAUGCAUGCAUGUCAACAGUGACUGGGAACUGGCUGGUCACAAUGGUUUAUAUUAUAGUGGUAGCACUUGGGGACAAACGUCCCUAAAUAGCCCUGCAACUUCUCUAAACAGCUGUAAAUAUGUUUAAUAAUUUAUGAUAAACACUGGUGUUUUAACCAUGAGUACACAGUCACAUUUUGUCCAUGUUUACAACUUAAAAACGCAUUUAAGAUGAAUGUAUGAUGAUCACCUAUUGUGAAUUGGACCCUAUAUGUUUGAGUUAUUCUCGUACAGUAAUGUUGUAUCUUGAUGAGAAACAAAUUCAGCAGGAAAAUAACACCAUUUUAAAAAGCAAAACAGUUGUUACAUAAUUUACAGUUAAAUAGUAGAAUGUUUGGAAUUUGAAUAUAUCUGAUAUUUAUUGUUUCCUGAUAGUUAUUACAGAGGAUGUUUGGAAGUGUUGCAGUGAUUAAAUAGAACAAUGGUGUAUUACUUUUUCUACACAGAUGUUAAUAUUUAAUAAUCUAGAGAGUUUCAUUUCUGUCAUCUUCCAGAUCAUUACUGUCAUGUUCUUCAUUAAACAUUUUACCACUUAA